GCCGUUAGCCACCUAGCUCCGCGGCUCUGCGUGUCUGACGGCAGCCUCCGGAGCUUCUGUCCGUUAGCCUGAGCAGCUACCGGCGGCUUCCUACCGAUUGUCCGCUGCCUCACACCCCGGUGCUCCGUGUCAGACUAAGCAACCGGUCGGGUCUCCCGAGGACGGAGUUUGUCCUCCGGGUUUAAUAAAAACAGUCUGAAUUUCAGUACCGGUGCCAGUCAGGAGCUAGUUAGCCGCACAGAGCGCUCCUGUCCCAUAGCUAGCCAGCCCCUAGAGCUACUUAGCGGGCUAAUGCUAUUCUAGAACCCCCUGGAGCCUCGACUGAAUUUGGAGUUUCAUCCCCCACCAAGUGUCCGGAGGAGCGGACUGAGGCCGUGACGUCAUGGCUGCCGAAGCAGCGACCCCGGCGGAGCUGCAGCCCCGCUGGAAGCGCGUCCUGGGCUGGAGCGGCCCGGUUCCGAGGCCCCGGCACGGACACUGGGCCGUGUCCAUCAAGGAGCUGAUGGUGGUGUUCGGUGGAGGGAACGAGGGGAUCGUGGACGAGCUGCACGUCUACAACACUGCUACCAACCAGUGGUUCGUCCCGGCAGUCCGUGGUGACGUUCCUCCCGGUUGCGCUGCUUACGGCUUCGUGUGCGACGGGACGCGGCAGCUGGUGUUUGGAGGGAUGGUGGAGUACGGGAAGUACAGCAGCGACCUGUACGAGCUGCAGGUAGAUUACCUGCGAGGGGCGGGGCCUGCAGAACCUGAUGACCAAUCGGGAUCUGAGACUGAUUGGUCAUCAAACUAUCAAUAUUUUACAUUUUCAUACAAAGUUCUACCUUCAUCCUGUUCCGUAGAGGCCAGUCGCUGGGAGUGGAAGCAUCUGAAGGCCAAACCUCCGAGGAAUGGCCCGCCCCCCUGCCCCCGCCUUGGUCACAGCUUCUCUCUGAUUGGCAGCCGCUGUUACCUGUUUGGAGGACUGGCCAAUGACAGCGAAGACCCCAAGAGCAACAUCCCCAGGUACCUGAACGACCUGUACUGCCUGCAGCUGCGUCCAGGCUCCGGCGUGGUUGGCUGGGAGGUUCCGGUGGCAUCAGGUGAGGCUCCGCCCCCCAGAGAGAGUCACACGGCGGUGGUGACGAGCAGCAGGCUGAUCAUCUACGGGGGGAUGAACGGCUGCAGGCUGGGAGACCUGUGGUUCCUGGACAUAGACUCUCUGGCGUGGAGCAAACCAGUCCUCAGUGGGAUGGCCCCCCUCCCCCGCAGCCUGCAUUCUGCCGCGGCCAUCAACAACAGGAUGUUUGUGUUUGGACGUUGGGUUCCUCUGGUGAUGGAUGAAGUUAAAAUGGAGACUCAUGAGAAAGAGUGGAAGUGCACCAACACAGUGGCCUGCCUCAACCUGGACUUGCUGUGCUGGGAGACGGUACUGAUGGACAGCGUGGAGGACAGCGUCCCCCGAGCUCGGGCCGGUCACUGCAGCGUGGCCAUCAACUCCAGGCUGUAUGUGUGGAGUGGCAGAGACGGAUACCACAAGGCCUGGAACAACCAGGUGUGCUGCAAGGACCUGUGGUACCUGGAGACAGAGCGUCCCUGCGCCCCGUCCCGGGUGCAGCUGGUCCGGGCCAACACAUCGUCUCUGGAGGUGAGCUGGGGGCCAUCUCAGACCGCUGACACCUACCUGCUGCAGCUGCAAAGGUACAAUGUUCCUGCCUCACCUGGAUCCAGCCCCGCCCUCACCACCACACCUGGAGCUCCGACACCGGACGUCCAGAGUGCCCCGUCGGCCGCUACAGCCCCAGCCAUCCUGAAGGUGGUAGCAGCCCCAGGCUCAGUGGGCAGAGCCUCCAUCAGUAUGGUGAGACAGGCCACGCCCACAUCUCCGGUUGGCACACCGCCAAUCAGCAGCAGUCCUCAGAUGAGCGGCAUGGCUGCUCUGGCAGCUGCAGCUGCAGCAACGCAGAAGAUCCCUCGGUCCAGGAACAGUCCAGGACCCAGCAGCGUGAAAGUGAGUAACCUGGCCACUCAGAUGUUGAAGACAGCAGCUGCUCAUGUGGGCGGGACCUCUGUGGUCUGUGCCCCCGGGACUCCCAGCCGACCAAUCAUCACAGUCCAUAAGUCUGGCACAGUGACGGUGGCUCCACAGGUGGUCACCACGGUGAUGGGCGGAGUCACAAAGACCAUCACGCUGGUGAACAGCCCUCUGAGCGCGGGAGGGGGCGGAGCUCUGAUUGGUAACCUUGGUAACAUGGGAAAAGUCAUGUCAGUGGUUCAGAGCACAGCUGCUACUGGUCAACCUGGGAGCAGCCCAAUAACCCAGAUUCUCCAGACGAAGGGGGCUCUGUCUCCAGGAACCGUCCUGAAACUGGUGACGUCUGCAGAUGGGAAGCCCACCACCAUCCUCAGCACCGUGCAGGCCGGAUCCAAGCCCACCAUCAUCAAGACCAUUCCAGUGUCGGCGCUGCAGGGGGCAGCAGGUGGCAACAGUCCAAUCACCUUCCUCACCACCAAAGUGGGGAAGCCAGGAACGGCCGGAAAAAUCAUCACCGCCAUCCCCAAGAUCUCUGCAGCCGGCCAGCUGGGGGGCACACAGGUGGUGCUGAAAGGAGCUCCAGGUAUGCCAGGUAGAAUUCUCAGGACUGUCCCGAUGGGUGGAGUCAGGCUGGUCUCACCUGUAGCCGUCGGCGCCAAACCCACCGUCGCCACAGUGGUCGUCAAGGCAACCACAGGUGUCUCCACGGUUUCUGGCGGUAACGCCUCCCUGGUGACGCCCAUCACCACCUUGGCAACCAUCGCUACAUUGACCAGCCACGUCACCACGGCAACCGCAGCCGCAACAGGACUCCAACAGGUGACUCUGGCCACGCCCCCCAGUGGCGCCGAGCCUCUGGUCCAGGAUCUUCCCGCCUCCAUCAUGGCAUCUCCGACCUCACAACAGUCCAUCAGUACUACAAGUACUUCUACAAGUACUACUGCAGAGGGAGAUGCAGGAGACACUGCAGUGAUGCUGGUCUGCUCCAUCCCGCCCUGCGAGACGCACGAGACGGGGACGACCAGCACCGCCACCAUGACUUCAGCGAGCAUGCAGGUGAGUUCAGACCUGCCCUCGGCUGUCAGUCUGAACGGGUCCACCUGCUCCAACCUGCCCUGUGAGACGCACGAGACUGGAACCACCAACACUGCCACCACUGCUGGGGCAGGAGGGGUCCGACGGGUGUGUUCUAACCCACCGUGUGAGACAUGUGAGAUGGGAACCACCAACACCGCCACCACGGCCACAGCUCAGCAGGGUGGACACAGUCUGCAGGGAGACUCUGCCUCUGACCCUGCCCUCUCCUCAGCAGCCAAUCAGAGCAGAGCUAUCACCACAAACCACGCCCACACCUGGACCAUCCAUCCCUGAGAUCUCCUCAUUGGUCAGAGAGGAUGGGGGGGAGUCUCUGGAGGCCAUCACCAUGGCGAUGGCAACAGGUGAGGGGGAGGAGCCUAUGCAGAUGGACAGCCAAUCAGAACAUGUGAUGUCAUCAGCUGCGUCAGUGUUGC